UCCCGUUUAGCGCAGGGGCGGGGCGGCCUACUACACAUGCGCAAGGUUGGGCAGGCCCUCUUCCUUCUCGCCGAACGCCGCCAACAUGGUGUUCAGGCGCUUCGUGGAGGUUGGCCGUGUGGCUUACGUCUCCUUUGGGCCCCACGCCGGGAAGCUGGUCGCGAUUGUAGAUGUUAUCGAUCAGAACAGGGCUCUGGUUGAUGGACCUUGCACUCAAGUAAGGAGACAGGCCAUGCCUUUCAAAUGCAUGCAGCUCACUGACUUCAUCCUCAAGUUCCCACACAGCGCCCGCCAGAAGUACGUCCGGCAGGCCUGGCAGAAGGCGGACAUCAACACCAAGUGGGCGGCCACGAGGUGGGCCAAGAAGAUCGAAGCCAGAGAAAAGAAAGCCAAGAUGACAGAUUUUGAUCGUUACAAAGUCAUGAAGGCAAAGAAAAUGAGGAACCGAUUAAUCAAGCUUGAAGUUAGGAAGCUUCAAAGGGCAGCUCUCCAGAAAGCUUCUCCCAAAAAAGCACUCGCUGCUAAAGGUGCAGCAGCAGCAGCAGCUGCUGCAAAGGUUCCGGCCAAAAAGGUGACUGCUGCAGGCAAGAAGGCCCCAGCGCAGAAGGCUCCCGCUCAGAAAGCCGCAGGCCAGAAGGCAGCACCUCCAAAAGCUCAAAAGGGUCCGAAAGCUCCAGCCCAGAAAGCACCUGCUGCUCCAAAAGCAUCUGGCAAGAAAGCCUGAGAACAUAAGAGGCUAUUUUAAAAGUAAUAAAGGUUCUUUUUGACAUGCUGGCAAAUUA